GUGCUGCACAGGAGCAGCGGCUUCCGCCGGCUCCGGGUCCGGGAAUCUGCGCUCCCGAGAUUGUUACUCGCCCUGGGCUUGAUCUCGCGGCCACACCCCUCGCUACCAAAGAGCCAAUGGAGGACGCCUUAGCUGGUUGCUAAGUCAACCCUCCAGCCGCAAGAUGGCGGCCUCCGAAGCCCGGAGCUCGGGGCUGGGGCGCCGGGACCCGCCGAGGCGGCCGCCGCGGGACGGUUACGGCCUCUACGUGUACCAGAAUUCUUUUUUUCAAUACGAAGGAGAAUGGAAAAGAGGAAAAAAACACGGUCAUGGGAAGUUGCUGUUUAAAGAUGGGAGUUAUUAUGAAGGCGAGUUUGUGGAUGGAGAGAUCCUGGGACAGGGGUGCCGCUACUGGGCCUCUUCAGGGAACACCUAUUGCGGACAGUUCGUUUUGGGAGAGCCUCAGGGACAUGGCACCAUGUGGUACAAGGCCGGCGGACACUACGAGGGGGCGUUCUCCCGUGGCACGAGAGAAGGACACGGGCUCCUGGUGCACCAGGACGGGCGCGUGUACCGAGGGUCGUUUCACAACAACAGGAAGCACGGACUCGGACAGAUGUUCUUCCCGAACGGAGACACCUACGAAGGCGACUGGGUUCUGGACCAACGGCAGGGACACGGGCUGCUCCGCUGCACCGGUGGCUCCACCUACGAGGGGCAGUGGCACCACGACGUGCAGAGUGGGCAGGGCAGCCUGACCCACUGCUCGGGGCUCAUCUACGAUGGCCUGUGGGUCAACGGCCACCCAACAGCACCUGCCACAAGGAUCGUGGUUUUGGGUCCAGAGGUGCUGAAUGUGUUCCAGGGCUCCCCCAUCACGUUGAAGAUUCAGCUGCAGCAGGACAACGGGGACAUCGCCGAGAGCGAGAGCGGCCGCAUUCUGAGGGUCUCGGCAGGCGUCAGAUACGUCCAGCUCGCAGCCUACGCGGAGGUCAGCUUUUUCAAGGUGGACAACGGAGAGCCGCCAGUCCCCACACCCUUUGGGUUUGAGUGCAUCCCCUACCCGCUGUCCCGAGCUGCAGCGGAAGUUGCUGGCGCUGACUCACCGCCCCCCAAAGGCGACGCAGAUGCCGCCCGCAGCCAGCUGGAAACCUCCUUCUCCGCAGCCAAGGGGCGUGCGCCCUGGCCCGGGGUCUGCUGCAGGGCGGAACGAGGCCAGGCCGAGUUCGCCGACAUCCUGCUGGGGCCCCCUCCACCCCACUACCGCCCCUUCCUGUUCCUGGACGGCCCCCACCAGAAGGCAGGCAGCAGGUCCGGGGGGACGACACCCACCGUGUGGGAGCCACGAGGAGGCAGCAGCUUGCUCCUCUCAGUGGCUCCGGAAGGGGAGGGAGGAGGAGUGGAGCCCACCUACCCGUGUUUUCGCACCGGACAGCACGAGGUAGGCACGGCAGGAGCAGCAGAGGUGGGCCGGGGGGGCCGGGGCAGGACCCCUGUGUGCACAGAUGGGCCCCUCGUGGCUGACCCAGUGCCACUGGCCACCCUAGCAUCCCCCGAGGCAGACCCGAGAGAUGCGGGCGCGGCGCACAGCUUGCUCGGGGGUUCCCAGGAAGCCCCCGUUGGGGGAGCGGGCAGUGCAGGUGUCCCAAGCAGGUGACGUGGAGGGUGCAUUUCCUGGUGUGCACGGGGCUGUGCGCU